GGUCAGGUUGUGCGUUGUGAAUUCACACGUGGCGAAUAACAAUUGGCUAAACCUCCCUCGAUGACGCGGAAAACAAAUUCCUUCCUCCUCCUCAUCCACCUUCUCCCAUGGCUAUCAAACUUACGCUUUAGACGAUUUCAAGGAAUAGCUAAGGAAUCGCCGCGAGGAUACAGUAAUUUUGACAGCUUUUUGAUAUUGACAGGAUUUAGAGAAGAUGGUGAGGUUACAAACUUAUGCGGGGCUUAGCAUAAUAGCUACACUGGCCGUUAUUUAUCAUGCGUUUAAUAGCAGAGGCCAAUUUUACCCAGCAAUGGUUUAUUUAUCAACGUCCAAGAUCAGUCUGGUUCUUCUUCUUAACAUGGGUCUUGCCCUCAUGUGCAUUUUGUGGCAGCUGACUAAGAAAAUCUUCCUUGGUUCUCUUCGAGAGGCUGAGGUGGAGAGGCUGAACGAGCAGUCUUGGAGGGAACUCAUGGAAAUACUUUUUGCCAUCACAAUUUUCCGGCAAGACUUCUCAGUUAUGUUUCUUGCAAUGGUAACUGCACUCUUGCUUAUCAAGGGCUUGCACUGGUUGGCUCAAAAGAGGGUUGAGUAUAUUGAAACAACCCCAACUGUUACUACGUUGUCCCAUGUUCGCAUAGUCUCCUUCUUGGGCUUUCUCCUCCUCAUAGACAGUCUCUUCUUGUACGACUCUGUCAGCUAUUUGAUUCAGACAAGACAGGCAUCUGUUUCUCUAUUCUUUGCAUUCGAGUACAUGAUACUUGUGACAACAACUGUCUCAACUUUUGUAAAAUAUGUCUUCUACAUAAGCGACAUGCUUAUGGAAGGACAAUGGGAGAGGAAGCCUGUCUAUACUUUCUACUUAGAACUUAUCCGAGACUUGCUCCACUUGUCUCUGUACUUGUGCUUCUUCAUGGUGAUUUUCAUGAACUAUGGCGUGCCCCUGCAUUUGAUUCGGGAGCUUUAUGAGACAUUCCGCAACUUCAAGAUUCGAGUUGCCGAUUACAUACGCUAUCGGAGGAUCACUUCAAAUAUGAAUGACCGUUUUCCAGAUGCUACACCAGAAGAGCUCGAUGUAAGUGAUGCUACCUGCAUCAUAUGUCGUGAGGAGAUGACCACUGCUAAGAAACUUAUUUGUGGGCAUCUGUUUCAUGUACAUUGCCUCCGUUCAUGGCUAGAGCGUCAACACACCUGUCCUACUUGCAGAGCCCUUGUUGUGCCAGCUGAAAAUGGGACGAAUGUGGUAGGAUCACGACCAGAUGCUCAACAAGGCCCUGGAUCAAGUGGUGCAAGUACAUCUCAGAGUGCGCAGGCAAAUACCGUGGCAAAUAAUAAUGUUAGCCAACACCAGGCUAGACUCCAAGCUGCAGCAGCAGCAGCAGCAGCAGUUUAUCAGAAGUCCUUUGUUUACCCUUCUGUACCAACGCUAGCGUGGUCUCCUGGAUAUGCUCCAGUUCCUCCGUACUAUUGUCCAACAGGCAGUUCUGUCAAUGUGCACCCAGAUGGGGAGCGGGCAUCGAAUGAACAGUCACCGCAACAUCAGUUAGCAAAUAUGCCCUUUGCUCAAUAUCCACAAUGUGGUUUCCUCCCUUUUCAGUAUCCUGGUGCUAACAACCUUAGUAUUCCAAAUGCUCAACUUGAGGCCCAUAAGAUACUUUUACAGCAACAAAUUGAGGUUCUGCAAAACCAGCUCAAGCUUUUAGAGAAUCCAAACACACAGAAACCAGCAGAUGCUUUAGGAAUUUCUGAUAGUAAGGGAAAAACAAUUUCGUCAGAGAACUCCCAAGGACAAAGCGAAGGUGCAGAAAUGUGAAGCUAGCACAACUGUAUAUUUGUCGUAAGUGCAGACUGAAGUUUGGACGUACAGUUAGAAAUAGCAAUUGAACAAUGGAAUUUACAAGAGGUUCUGUAAGUUGUAUAAGUGUUGUAUUUUAGUUCAGCAACUGACUACUUUUGUCUUCUGAUAGGAUUUCUUCUUGAGCAUCUCAAAAAUCUUGUACUCCUUUUGAGUUUUAACUUCACUUAUUAUAUGCUACACCCAAUUUUCCUUAAAUAAACUUCA